CACCUGCGCGGCAAGAGGUUUAGUUCUUCUCGGCCAAUACAUAACUCAACAUUAGAUUUAAAGGAGAUCUUCGCCAAAUUAGUCAGACAGAGGACUCUCUCGUGUACCCUAAAUCUGAAUUUAGUUGUUUCCGUCCGCCUCGGAAUAGCUUUCCUAUAUACCUCAAUAAACAUUUUAGUUCAAUUCUGAUAUGGAUGCGGGGUGUAAUCAGUCUGUGAAGUGCUGUACGCUUGUGGCAGUCUGUGUUGUCAUUUACGCUGUCGCCGCUUUGGCAGAGAUCGGGGACAGACAGUACACCAAUGAAUGGGCGGUGGAGAUACCAGGCGGACCCCAUGCGGCCAAAACAAUCGCCCGGGAACUGGGCUACGAACUGGUCAGACAGAUAGGAGCGCUAGAGAACCAUUACCUGCUAAGACACCAUAGUCAUCCCAGAAGGACAAGAAGAAGUGCUGAUCACAUGACCAGGUGGCUUUCACAGGAUGAAAGGGUGUGGUGGGCGGAGCAGCAAUAUGAGAAGCAGCGCAGGAAGAGAGCACCGCUGGGGGCCGGGUGUCCGGGCUGCUCGGUGGACCAGCUCUUCGAUGACCCCAUGUGGUCUCAGCAGUGGUACCUGCAAGACACCAGGACGUCCCCCUCCCUUCCCAAACUGGACCUCCAUGUCAUCCCCGUAUGGAAGAAGGGCAUCACGGGAAAGGGCGUGGUCAUCACCGUGUUGGACGACGGCCUGGAGUGGAACCACACAGACAUCUACCCCAACUACGAUCCAGCUGCAAGUUAUGACUUCAACGACAACGACCCUGACCCAUUUCCCAGAUACGACUCCACCAAUGAGAACAAGCAUGGAACACGAUGCGCAGGGGAGAUUGCUAUGCAGGCCAACAACAAGAAGUGCGGAGUUGGUGUGGCCUUCAACGCGAAGGUCGGAGGGAUUCGUAUGUUGGAUGGGAUUGUGACAGACGCCAUAGAGGCGAGUUCCAUCGGCUUUAACCCCAACCACGUGGACAUCUACAGUGCCAGCUGGGGCCCCAACGACGACGGCAAGACAGUGGAAGGGCCCGGCCGCCUGGCCCAGAAAGCCUUUGAGUAUGGCAUCCAGAAGGGGCGGGGCGGAAAGGGCUCCAUCUUCGUGUGGGCGUCGGGGAACGGGGGUAGGCAGGGGGACAACUGCGACUGCGAUGGCUACACGGACAGCAUCUACACCGUCUCCAUCAGCAGCGCCUCCCAGCAGGGCGUGUCCCCCUGGUACGCUGAGAAGUGCUCCUCCACCCUGGCCACCGCCUACAGCAGUGGGGACUACACCGACCAGAGGAUCACCAGCGCAGAUUUGCACAAUCAGUGCACAGAGACGCACACGGGAACCUCGGCUUCUGCACCAUUGGCUGCUGGGAUAUUCGCUCUGGCCCUGGAACAGAACCCCGACCUCACCUGGCGGGACCUCCAGCACCUGGUGGUGUGGACCUCGGAGUUCGACCCGCUGGCCAACAACCCAGGCUGGAAGCGGAACAGCGCCGGGCUCAUGGUGAACAGCCGCUUCGGGUUCGGUCUCCUCAACGCCAAGGCCCUGGUGGACCUGGCCGACCCCAAGGCGUGGAAACACGUCCCAGAGAAGAGGCUGUGCGUCAUCAAGGACGACGCCUUCCGGCCCAGGAAGUUGAAAACUGCCAGUGAGAUCACCAUAGAGAUCCCCACUAAAGCCUGUGCCGGGGAGGACAGCGCCAUCCGGUCGCUGGAGCAUGUGCAGAUGGAGAUCAGCAUCGAGUACACCAGAAGAGGAGACCUGCGCAUCGUCCUCACUUCUCCUUCAGGCACCAGCACUGUCCUGCUGGCGGAGAGAGAGAGGGACACGUCCUCCAGCGGCUUCAGAAACUGGGCCUUCAUGUCCGUGCACACCUGGGGGGAAGACCCCACGGGCACCUGGACCCUCACCAUCACAGAUGUGUCUGGCCGUGCAGAGAAUGAGGGGCAGGUGGUGGACUGGAGGCUGAUUCUGCACGGAACGCAGGACCGGCCGGAGCACAUGAAGAAGCAGAGGGUUUACCAGCCCUACAACGCCGUGCAGAACGACCGCCGGGGCGUGGAGCAGACGGAGGAAAUGACGGAGGUGUUCCCCUCAAAACCCCACACGUCCCAGAAGGCCAAGGCCACUCCAGGUAACUCCGCUGGUGGCGCACGGAAGGCGACCGCCCCCUACAACGCCCUCAUCAACGUCCUGAAAUCAGCCUUCCGAGAGCGCCCCUCGUCAGGACGAUCCCACGCCAGGCACCCCCUGGGCACGUCCGAGCGCGUUUCCUACCAGGACCUCUACCAGGUCCUGGACAUGCUCAAUAAACACAGAGGCCUGGAGGACAAGCUGUACGGACAUUAUGGGGAGGGAUUUCACCGAAGCAAGCCGUACAGACACCAAAACGGCAGGCUAAUGCAGGCUCUCGUCGACAUUCUCACAGAAGAACGCUAGUGAGUCCGGCCACAGGGGGGAGCCAGAGAGCAGAGUGCUGGUGCAGUCUGUCAUGGUGUGAGAAGGAGAGGGAAGUGAGAGACAAAAUCAAAGAAAUAAGAAAGAAAGCUUUGGAGGAUAACAUCAGCUCUUCCAGUGAAAUUGAUCUGUUUCUGUCAUUUUUGGCCUGAUCUGAUUGCUUUCAUUUUGUUUUGUUCUGGUCUGCCGCAUUACAUUUUGAAUGUUUGUUUUUGAUGGCUGUCCAGAGUGUAUCAAUAUAUUUAAGUUUUCUGCAUAAUGGUCUAAUUAAUGGUUUUCCAAUAGUGGGCAAUAAUUAAAUGAAUGGGUUACCUUCAAAAGACUAAAAUUCUACCUAUCCUUGUCUGCUUUGGAAAAUCUGGGCCAGCAAAAAAAAGAAGGUUGACACGGUCCAGUUUAGAUCAACACUCACCAUUUCUGCAGAACACUGUAGUAGACUCUUGCUCUGGGUAGUGUUACCCCUACCCCAAUUAUAUAUAGGCCUAUUUAUAGAUUAAAUCCAAAGUGUGAACUGGCUAUAUCUGUCACGUUCCAGGCCAGGAGCUCAUUUUCAGAACUAUAUUUUUACUGCAACUAGUUUUAUAUCUCAGAAUAAAGAUAACAGCACAGAUAUUUAUUGUUUCUUGCAUUUACUAAAAUACAAGUACACAGACAUUCGAAAUUUAUAUUUUUAAAAAAACCUUUCUUGCACACUUAAUUACAGUAUCAGUUGAGAUGAAUGAAUGAACUCUUUGUGACAGCUCCUUUCUGACUGAAUAAUAAUGGAAAGAAACUGUGACGUUCAAUGAACAGGAGUGUAUGGUAUGUAGGCUAUCUAUGCAAUACACUGUAUAAAGUACUGUGCCUGCUCAGUGGUGAAUAAGCUGGAAUGAUGUGAGGCUUUCAGCCCUGAGUUCUGUAUACCUUCACAAGGUUACAGGCAUCACGCGGUUUGUGGCACAUCCAACUGCUAAUCCUGUUAGCACAACUGGAAAUAUGUUUUCGUUGUUUGCCAACCGCCUGAGUUUAGGGAUGUGUUAAGCUGCCUUUAUAUCCACUGGACACAUGUAUGUAAGAGUAUUUGUUGCUUUAAUGUCGGAGAAGCCGUUUUCUAUUCAUUUAUGUAGGCCUACAGUAGGCUACUGACAGCGAUUCCGACAGUGAAUCGCGAUGUAUCAUUACAUAAACCGUGGUCCUAAGUUAUAAUGACAAGGUGACGCAAGUUAAUAUUUGGUUAAAUGUGCUUGCACCGCCUGUACAACACUUGAAUGUGACGUUGUAUACCCGUCAUUCCUCAUAUUUCGGCGCAGUUAUAUAGUAAAUGUAGUUAUAUCAUACUUGUUUUUUUUCCCCUUCGUGUCUAAGUAGGGUACAUGCAAUUUAAAAUGGAGUAGGGCAAAUGCAAAGGUCCUGCUGAAAAUGAGAUUUUCUCUAUGUGAACAGUGUAUUGCUCUGUAUUUAUACAAUAUAAAUAUAUUUCUAUAAUAGUUAAAACUGUUCUUGACUUCGCAUUUGAUAAUAAAAAUGAUUAAAGAGA